AUGACUACUAGCGGCCAACCAUAUGAAAAAGGCAAAAGCCUACGCCUUCUAUCCACGGAAGACGUAGAAAACAUCAGAAUUCAACCUGGCGAAAGCAAAUUGAUAGGCUUCUGCGGAAGCGCGACAUUGGCGCUCGGAAUCGAGGGCAUGCUUGAUCUACACUCUAGUGAUGAGAACCGGAUUACCUCGCUCUAUUGGAACGGGCCCGAGGAUCGAGUUGAUAAUCAAUUCCACGUCUCGAGUACGGAUCAUGAGCAUUUCACUGUGACUGCUUCGGUUCCUCCGGAGGAAGGUGUUCUCGGAGAUAUCUCGGUCGAUGUGAGAAGCAUCUCGGAGAGUUAG